AUGUGGUAUUCAUUACUGGCUUGUCUUGUUAGUGCGGCUUAUGCCUCGACACUACAACUACGAGAGGGUGCUGCACAAAUAGCUUGGAAUGUUUCGGGGUUUACGGCUUUCGAUGUCUUGAAUUACACCCAAGUUGAAUCUGACGAUGCCUGGAAAGUGGAAGUUCCUCUUCGUAUACUCUGUGUCGGGGACUCUAUAACAGAGGGUUGGGGAAGUGAUGCAGACGGCGGCGAUGGGAAUGGCUACAGGCUUUCUCUCGCGAAACAUCUGUCACGAGAAAAAGUUGUCUUUGCGGGUACAAGACGCAAAGGCUCUAUGGAGGACAGUUAUUAUGCGGCCUGGUCUGGCAAGACAAUUCAGUAUAUAAACGAUCACAUCACAGAGUCGUUGGAACAAAAACCAAAUCUUGUCCUCCUUCACGCUGGAACGAAUGACAUGGAUUUACGACCGUCGAUCUCCAAAGAAGGAAACGACCCCAAAGAUGCUGCCACUCGUCUCGGCGACCUCAUUGACAAGAUUGUUAGAUACUGCCCGGAUGCAGCAAUCCUCGUCGCGAUACCUUUGGCAUCCUGUGACACUGAGAAACCCAGAAUGCCUAUUUACAGAGCCCUGAUCCCUGGGCUUGUACGACAGCGACGAAAGGAUGGUGAUCAUGUUAUUGCCGUGGAUUUCAGCACAUUUGAUCUGGGCGAGUUGAGAGACUGCUUGCACCCUACAAAUGAAGGCUACAGCAUCAUGGGGGACUAUUGGUAUGACUUCAUAACACAGGUGCCAAAGGGAUGGAUCAAGGAGCCUGUUGGUGAUGACCCAAAGCGAGAAGAGAAUGGGGUUGGAAGACGAGUCCUGCCAGACAAGAUGUCUAUUUUGGGUAUUGGUUUGUACUGGGGUGUGUACCGUAUCUGUUGGGUAUAG